AUGAAACGAAACACUCCGAAAUCUUUGCAGACGUAUUCGUAAGUGGCCCAUUCCAGUCGUGUGCCCAAUUUUGUUUUUCAGCGCGUUCAUCCUCGUCAUCACUGUUGCCGAUCUUGUGAAUGGAGUGAGCGUAUUGUGGAAAUCAAUCAGGUUUUUGGAUACUUUGUGGAGCAUUUACCGCCCGCACCGCCCACCUUUUUAUUCAGACUCUCGCCAACAGACGAUACUAUCUUCGUCAUGUUCCAUGGCGCUUGCGAACUUUACUCCAAAGACUUGUUGCGACGAGCAGAGUUUUGUAUGUUUUGUAGGUAAUCUUGCCCGAAUCACCUGCGUAUUUAUCAACGUUUCUAGGGUACGCUGUAUCAAUCCAAGCCGUAAUUCUCAAUCACUUUGUGCUCAUCGCCUCUUACAUUUACCGACUUUUGGUUAUCACAAAGCCGUUUGAUCAGUUUGAUCGAAAAGUUGUGAGCAUUAUCGUCUACACGUACAGCGCGGUCCAUUUCUGCUAUUUUGUAAGCUCAUGAACAUGUGUUCAGCAAAACUAUACUAUAAAUUUCAGAUGUGGGUGUUAGUCAAGGCUCUGCGUCCUUUCGAAGAGAUCAAUGAAGCCGUCGCCGCGUACCGUCCAGAGUUGAUCGGCUCCAAUUGGACGUACUACGCAGUGUUGGACCUCAAUUCGCCAUCACAAAUAGGUAUUGAAUCUUUAAUUUUUAUAUGGUACCAACAUGUUUUCAGUCAUGAACAUACUCUCCAUCUACCUCCCCUGGAUCGUUCUCCUCGUCGCAUUAAUUUGUCGCUGGAGAAUCAGUCACUAUCUCUCGUCGUUUCAAUUUUCAGCCAAUAUGAAACAACUGCAAAAGUCGGUCGUUUAUGUGAGUUAUUUUCAUGCUCUCCAUGGUGCCAACACCAAUCGCAACGUCAGGUACUUUACGCUCAAACUCUCGGACCCGCGUUGACCGCAAUGACCGCCGUUUUCUACAUUAUUGUCCGCGGAUGGGGCGCUUUCAACAUUUACCUCUUCGAAAAUCUAAUGAUGACGCCAGUGUCUCUCAUGGUCCUUGUCAAUCCGAUUGUCACCAUCGGAUUUGUUGUUCCCUACCGUGCUGCCUUCUUGAAACUCUUCAAUUUUAAUGUAUUAACUAGUCGGAUUUCUGUGGCGCCCAGCACGCAACAGAGUUUACACAGAACUACUCGAACAACUUGAGACUUGUUGCGGUUGAAAAGUGCGAGGAACUAACAUUUAUGCUCGCAAAACGAGACACCUGCAAUUACAAAAGGCCAGAAUCAACUUACCAACUCACUAUAUUCAAUUCAAAAUGCUCGACCACUGCUGCCCAUUCAGUGUCACCGCCAAGUUCAGAUGCUUUUUCGAAACGUUUUCGCUCGCCGAGAAUGGGUCCAAGUUAACAUGUUAUCACUACCAUAUUUUCGGACUUUGGUCACUGUAACUCUUAAUGUCAACGAAACACGUGUCUUUCCAUCUCUAACUCUCUUCUCCCUCCUCUGAAAAGUCAACAAUCUAAUCAAUGUGUCUACGUACGAUUUGUGAUGUGAUGACAAAUUGACCGUAUAAAUAGGCUACCAAGAAUCGGCAUCCUUCCAAUCCUUCCAAUCAUCAUGUCCGCUCUUCCGCAACUCUACUAUUUUCCGAUCCGUGGAUUCGCCGAGUACAUCCGACUUCUCUUCGUCGACAAUGGCGUCAAAUUCGAGGAUCAUCGCGUCCCGAAAGAUGAUGUCGAGUGGCCGAAACUCAAAAAGACCAUGAUCUUUGGUCAAGUUCCCUGCUUGAGAAUCAACGGAAAAGAGUUGGUGCAAACCGGCACCAUCAUGCGUUAUCUGGGAAAAGUUUAUGGUAAGACUCUUUUUCGUUCACUUGGAAAUAUCUUGUUUUUAGAUUUGAACGGAGCCAACGAUGACGAGGCGGCGUUCAUCGACAUGUUCUUCGAAGGAGUCAGGGAUGUUCGCAUCAAGUAUAUACGCUACAUCUACCAUAAUGAGGUACAGUAGCGGCCACUGAAAUAUCCCCUUUUGGUUUUUCCGCUAUAACUUUUUUUAGAGAAGAGCUAGGAACUUGAGGUCAACUGUGAAAAUGUUGCAAAAUGAGCCAGAAAAAUGAUCCAGCUUAGCUCUUAUCGAUGGAUUUCGGCGGCACUCAGUCUAGGGUUGCUUCACGAUGCGCGUACGAUGUUUCUAUCAGUUAGAUGGUUCGUAACGGGAACCCUUGAGUGUCUUCUCUUCACUGGCUGCUCAUUUUGAGCUCUCCAGCGCUUCAAAAAUUUUCCAACUGUGGAACGAUCGACAUUGAACUGCUCAGCGAGUUGCCUGUGAGUUCGUCCCUGCUCGCGCCUCCUGGCAAUUGCAAAUUGCUGGUUAGGGGUCAAAUCUACUUUUCCUUUAGUUUUUGUCAUUAUCUAAAUCAAAAAAUAUUGAAGACUCUGGAAAAUAUUGGCGUUGUAGCUUCCAAAAAAAAAUUGAAAAUACGAGCAAAAUCGUGAAAAUUGAAAAAAAUUUUAGAGAAAAUAUUUCUUUCGCAGCACAGUGAAGACACUUUGCAGAAAGUACAUUAUAUAUGCCUGUAAUACGCAUAAAAAAUUUUGGCCCGGUUGCUCUUCUCUAAAAAAAGUUAUAGCGGAAAAACCAAAAGGGGAUAUUUCAGUGGCCGCUACUGUAAGGUUUUAUUCAAUUAAACCAAAGGGUAACGGUUCUAUGCAACGUUUAGGAGACCCGUGAACAAUUCGUCAAUGUCACUCUGCCGGCGGCGCUUGAAAAGUUGGAGGCUCUUUUCAAAGUUCAUCCCGGAGACUUUGUAAUCGGCAACAAGAUCAGUUACGCCGACUACAUUCUCUUCGAAGAGCUCGACGUCUACAACACGCUCGACGACUCCAUCCUCAACAAGUUUCCCGUUCUGAAGGCGUUCCGCGAGCGAAUCUGGAACCGAAAGAAUCUGAAGACGUACCUCGAGAAGCGCGUCGCCGACAAGGUGUGGAUUAACGCUAUCGACCGGCAGUAA